GGUGCGGGGUGUCGUCGUGUCCUUGCACUGCCUGGAGGUCAGGGCGCGUCAAUGGCUACAUGUCAGUCGUUUGCCACGAGCCGUCACAUGAGCCAGCACCUGCAUGCGCGCAUGGAGCAGAGUGCUCACCUUCUGGCCCCAACACUGGCAAGGCCCAAGCUCACCACCAAGGCCGACGAGCUCCCCGAAGCUGUCGUCGUCCAGGAUGCGGGUGACGCCAUGGCCGGCUUCGUGGGCCUCCUCCGCCAGCUCGGGGACCUCGCACAGCUCGCCGCGGAGGUGUUCGACGGCCUGCAUGACCAGGCCACGGCGGUGCCUGCACGGGCGUGCGGCCUCGCGCUGGGGGCGCGGCGGCUCGAGGCGGAGCUGCCACUCAUCGAGGAGCGGCUCCGCCGUCGUUGGAAUGGACAGGCUUGUGUACUUCAUCGGCUAGAAGCUCUGUGUGGCGUCGCAGGCCACGGUGUCGAUCGGCCGGUGACUCUGGUGGGAGGAACAAGGCCGUGCUCCAUCGAAAAGUUCAUCUAGCGAUGCCACGGGCCUCCGCAGCUGUCAAUGCUGGACAAGUAACAACACUUCUAUACCAAAAAUUAAACAGCUCAAAAAGGAUAUUUUUUUCCUGGUUAAUUUUAGCUUGUUUUGGGUGCAGGUA